AGCUCGUAUGAGGUGGCUUUGGGAAGAAAGGGAAUCCAAACCUGUGUCGCAGAGAUAACGUGAGACUUCAAUAAAAGAGAUCCACAUUUGGAGACCCGUGCGCGGUAGAGUCGCGCACGGAUUAUUAUAGAGUUUUUUUUUCUUUUUUUUUUUUUUUCCAAAAUAUUUAUUUUAUUUUUGCCUUUACCAGAGGAAGGUUCUGCUUUGGAGUGUCUGAUCUCCGUGAAAGGGAUACAACGAAAAGCGCACGGAGGAUAAUAGCGGAGUAUUUUAAACCUGCGCUCUCCGUUAACAAGUGACUCGCUGACUUUGGAGAGAGUGGAAUAUAGCGGGGUUUUUUUUUGUUGUUGUUUUUUUUCUGCAAUCGGGGGAUGUUCUUGUGGGAAGAUUCAGCUGCACAGAAAAAUGGAUUUGAAAACUGUUCCCCCUAAACCAGCGAGGGGGUAGAUUUAAAAAAUAAAAAAAUAUUUUUUUCCCCCCUCUCGGGCUGAGACUGAAGUGCCAAGCAGUUUUGCGUGAAGACCCCAGCCAUCACUGCUCGGUCGGGGCCUCGGCUCCCUGGCCAGGUCAUCGAUUCGUCCCAUCCUGCCCCUCCCAGCCCCCUCUUCCCUACUGUAGUCGCUGCCAAGAUGGCCACUAGUGGUGCUCCUCGUCUCUCCUUGCCACUGUUGCUUCAUGUGACCACUCUGCUGCUAUCACUGCUGCUCACCUGCUCUGAAGCCUCAUCAAAGCCAGAGUUCACUAAAGUUCCUGUUGACCAGAUUGGUGUCUCGGGCGGAGUGGUCUCCUUUGUCUGCCAGGCAACAGGCGACCCCAAGCCAAAAGUUAGUUGGAACAAGAAAGGAAAGAAGGUGAACUCUCAGCGCAUAGAGACCAUUGAGUUUGACGAGGGUGCUGGCGCUGUGCUCAGAAUCCAACCUCUCCGAGCACCACGUGAUGAGAAUAUCUACGAGUGUCUAGCAGAGAACAGCGCAGGCGAGAAUUCCGUCAGCGCCAAGCUCACCAUCAUCAGAGAGGACCUUCUGCCACCAGGCUUCCCUAACAUUGACAUGGGUCCUCAGCUUAAAGUGGUGGAGAGAACUCGAACGGCUACCAUGCUCUGUUCUGCCAGUGGAAAACCUGACCCAGAAAUCACCUGGUACAAAGACUUCCUGCCCAUAGAUCCAAAUACAAGCGAUGGACGGAUCAAGCAACUGCGCUCUGAAAGAUUUGAGGGUACCCCGAUUCGAGGUGCCCUGCAGAUCGAGAACAGUGAGGAGUUGGACCAGGGGAAGUACGAGUGCGUGGCGUCUAAUGAGGAAGGCGUACGCUACUCGUCCCCCGCUAAUCUUUAUGUGCGAGAGCUUCGAGAAGUCCGGCGGGUACCUCCUCGCUUCUCCAUUCUUCCAGAAAGUAAAGAAAUAAUGCCAGGUGGCAGUGUGAACAUAACUUGCGUGGCAGUGGGAUCGCCCAUGCCUUAUGUCAAGUGGAUGCUGAACGCUGAGGACUUGACGCCAGACGACGAGAUGCCAGUUGGCAGAAAUGUUCUUGAACUGAGCAGUGUCCGUGAGUCAGCCAACUAUACCUGCGUGGCCAUGAGCAGCCUUGGCAUCAUUGAAGCCGUGGCACAGAUCACUGUAAAAUCUCUUCCCAAGCCUCCAGGUACCCCUGUGGUUACUGAAACCACAGCCACUAGUGUGACCAUUACGUGGGACUCAGGAAACCCAGAUCCAGUGACAUACUACAUCAUACAGUAUAGAGCCAGGUCCCCAGACAGCAAGUAUGAAACGGUGGAUAGCAUCACCACUACACGUUACAGCAUUGGUGGCCUCUACCCAAACACAGAGUAUGAAAUACGUGUCUCAGCGGUGAACUCAAUUGGACAAGGUCCACCCAGUGAGCCAGUCGAAACUCGGACUGGUGAGCAAGCUCCCGCCAGUCCACCAAGAAACAUUAAGGCCCAAAUUCUUCCUCAAAACACCAUGAUGGUGCAGUGGGAGGAACCCGAGGAGCCUAAUGGGCAGAUCAAGGGAUACCGAGUUUAUUACACUAUGGACGAUUCGCAGCCCAUGAGCCUCUGGCAGAUCCACAAUGUCCAGGACAAUCUCAUCACCACCAUUCAGAGCCUAGUUCCUCAAGAAACAUACACAAUCAAAGUCCUUGCAUUCACAUCCGUUGGUGAUGGACCUUUUUCAGCCCCAAUUCAGGUCAAAGUAUUACAGGGAGUUCCAGGUCAACCAUCCAAAUUCCAAGUUGGUGCUGUGUCAGACACCAGCAUUGAGCUGACCUGGGAACCUGCAUAUGAGAAAGAAGGAAUUAUAAAUUAUGAACUUCGCUAUAAGGAAGGCGAUUCAGACACUCAGUUGAAGAAAACAUUUGGACCCACAAAAUCAUAUGUUGUGGAAAGUCUCCGUCCCAAUACAAAGUACCGCUUCUCCCUGGCGGCCAUCUCUAACAAAGGCAUUGGGGCGUUCACAAAUGAAAUUUCUGAGAGGACCUUGCAAGCCAAACCCUCAGCUCCCCCUCAAGAAAUUAAGUGCAGCACUACCAGCUCCACCAGCCUUUUGGUAAGUUGGCGCCCCCCACCUCUGAAGAGUCAGAACGGUGAUCUGACGGGGUAUAGGGUGCGCUACCAAGUGGUGGGCCCUUCAGAAGGGGCCAGCGACGAUACAGACCCCAUGGAGGAGCCGCCAGUGCCUCCAACCGAAGAGCGGGUGUUGCUGCAGAGACUGGAGAAGUGGACCCAGUACCGAAUCACAUUGUCCGCCUCAACUGAGAUUGGGCCUGGCCCCGAGAGUGAGCCCCUAAUCUGUCGGACAGAUGAAGAUGGUACGUGAGUCUCUUAUGUGGAGACUUGGCCUUAUUAAGAGACAGAACUCUUCUCUGUUAGCUUGAAAUGAGGUUAAACUGCUUUGGCCUCUAACUUGAAGUCACAAGAGUAGUGGUUGAAUACACUACUAUGAUCCAUCUGUACUCAGGAAUCUGAAUUUCCAAAUCAGGGAAAGU